CACAGUUGGAUAGUCUCUGCGCGCUUUAGUUCAACUGGGCUACACUGACCCGGACCAGACUGGCUCUCUUCUGACGCUCAACAAUGCGGACUGAGCCACAAAAGUUUGGAAAUCUUGUCGUUACGCAAGGGGUUUGGCGGUGAGGGGUCUCAGGGGUGACAGCGGCAUGGAUCAGGCUACAAGUGUUGGAUUCUCUGCAUCCCUGUGGAAAGCCAUUUGAAAAGUUUGGAGACAUGAGCAGCCUCUCUGCGGUGCCAGAGAUAAUUUAGCCUCUCCAAACUGGAUCCUAGCAAGACAACUGGAGUAUUACUUAAGCUAAGAGCAUCAUUAAUGUAAUUUCCCAUCGUGUUUUUGUUUUCUGCAACUCUUGGAUAAUCACCCACACUGCAGACCCACUUUUGGAGACGUUGGAUCUAAAUUUACGCACAUUUUACGCACGGGAUUCCUCUAACAAAUGACAGCUUCUAAGUGGUUUAUUCCUCCCUCACUUCAUCCCCACUUCUCCCUGUAUUGCACCGACCCCCCAUAUCUCUCCCCUCACCGGGUUACACGCGGGGAGUGAAAGCCUCUCUGUCUCUUUCUGUGCGCAACAGCGUGCGUCCUGAGGAUGAGGAGGGGAAGUUUCCCGAUGUCUGUCACGAUUGUGACCCUACUCCUGGUUAUUAUCGACGUGAAAGCCAGCGGGGAGUAUUGCCACGGCUGGCACGACUCGGAGGGCGCGUGGAAGGAAGGGUUCCAGUGUCCGGAGAAGAUCGAUGCACAGGAUGCCAUCAUCUGCUGCGGGAAAUGUGAGCUUCGCUACUGCUGCUCCAGCACCGAGGCGCGGCUGGAUCAGGGAAGCUGUGACAACGACCGGCAGGCUGUGGAGCCCGGGCCCGGGUCUAAGGAGGACAAGGACAACGGUGCAGUGCCCAUCUACGUGCCGUUCCUGAUCGUGGGCUCCGUGUUCGUGGCGUUCAUCCUGGUGGGCUCCGUGGUGGCCGUGUGCUGCUGCCGCUGCCUGCGCCCCAAGCAGGAGCUCUCAUCAGGCGGAGCAUCAGGGGGGGGGUCCGGCGGUGGGGGGCGCCUCCUGGAAACCAUCCCUAUGAUGUCCAGCGCCGGGACCUCCAGGGGUUCCUCGUCCCGUCAGUCCAGCACAGCCACGUCCUCCAGCUCCUCCGCCCCCCCCACCGCCCCCCGACAGAACCCCCCUCAGAUGAUGAGGGCCCAGGCCUCCUGCUGCCUCCCCCCCGACGCCAGCGUCUUCGUCAACAUGCCCCCUAACUUCUCCAUGCUCAACUGCCAGCAGGCCACGCAGAUCAUGCCCCACCAGGGACAGUUUCUGCACCCGCAGUACAUCGGGUACGCCCACCCGGCCGCCACCUUCAUGGACCCCACUCAGGGGGGGUACAGACCCCUGCAGUCCCCCUGCCCCCCUCCCAACAUGGGGUGUAUUGUCAAUGACCAGAAAUACCCUGCAGUGACUGUGUGACGAGACUGCGGACCACUUUGUUGUGAAGUUGAACCUGUGAGGGGGGGCCGCGCCAGAGACUUUUACAGUGGAAAAGAAACUGAAGGACUGGUGAAGCUGUUGCUGGCUGCAGGCCCGCCUCUCCAUUGUGUGUUUUGUGUGUCUGUUUAGUGUCAUGUGAUCUCCUGACUAAGAUGAUGGAUGCAUAAACAAUUUUCUGUCUCGAUGCAAAGACAAAACUGCAUAAAGGAGUAUUUACAGCCCAGGUGGGGGACCGUGCACGGCUCACUCAAAUAAAUCUGUGCGAGAGUGAGAGUGGGAAUGAGUGAUGAAUGGAUGAUUUAUAGCAGCAAAAUGAAUGAAAAGUGGAUAUACAGUAGAAGCAAAAAAAAGUUAUGACCACAUGCUGUUUUCAUGCCAUCUGCACUUGUGAACGGCUCAUACGUGCAGUGUGUUUGUUUGUGUUGAACGUGUGCAGAGAUGAUUGUACUGUAUGUGUGAGUUAGUGGGAAGUGUGGAGGGAUGUGGUCGUGUGAGUAACUGUGAGUGAACUGUGUGUAAUGGGAAAUGCAGGUGGUGUAAUGUGAAAGGCAGUCGCCGUCUCCCUGCAGACCCUUUAAACUGUAAUGAAGUGAACACAGGACGCAGACUGUGACGCUCCACCCUGCCAUACAACCCCCCCCCUAAAUAAAACCCCAAAAACCUCACAAACCGGAGCGGAAACACCGAAAAUUUAAAUAUCCAGCCAAGACUCGCAGUUAAUGUACCUUAAAAGUGAGAGGCAGGUUAAUUAUACAUUGAAAACGGCCCUCUUCACUACUCAGAGGUGUGUGUGUGCAUGUGUAUUUAACACUGCCACAGUUCAGUGCGUUAGCCAAGGGCAAGGGCAGCUCUGACUCAUUAUUUCCCACUUAAGAAACAGCUCAGAAAUGGCACGUUUUGGGCUUUUUAAUCCAAGAAAAAUAAGUCUGUUUUCCUCUGUUGUGCAGCUAACAGGUAAUUCAGUAACAUGCAACUUGAGGAAUGUGCUGCUCCACUGAGCUGCAGCCUGAGAUGUCCCAAAGUACUGAAACUGUGUGUGUGUACCUCAUCUGUACGGCCGAGCACAAAGUCUGUAACUCACUACCAUGUAUGAAAAGUGGUCCAUUUUGAUGUCAUUUUUCAUAUGAAUUCAAAAAAAUAAACAACUUUUAAA